AUGCAGGCAUCCACUUGUAUGCACUUUCUGGAAAUACGAGCAAAUACUCGCCUGCGAACCGCGUGCAAGAACCUGAAAUGGCGAGAGUACAAACUUGUUGUGCAACUGGCCACUCCUCCAGUGGUCACAACAAAUGCACCGCGCCAUUCGACGAGAAUCAGAAAGCCGACAAUUCUACACACAGCGCCUGAGUUCAUCACAAAGAGCACUCCAAAAGGAGGGAAAAGCAAAAAACGCAAAAUCAAGAAGGAGGAAGUGGCAGUCGAGAAAAAGGGCAGGAAAGUGAUUUCGAAGAAGGCCAUCAAAGCAAAGACAGAAAAGAUCAAACAAAAGAAGAAGAUCCUUCUCGACGCCAUCACCAAUUUGGAAGCCCCCGAAAAAGGAGCUCAAGGAAUCAAACCUGAGAAGUCAAUGAUAAAUGCUCGAACGAGGCAUGGCGAUACGGCUUUGGCCUUAGCAGUACGCUACCAG